GUCGGGAGUGCUUGUUUUGUUUUUCCGACAACAUGUGUUUGUUUAGACGAAAUUCGAAAUUGGUUGUCGUUGGAUGGGGAUCCCUUUUGACGUGACGGACCGUCCACCGGCGCACUGGCAAUUUUUGGCUGGCGGAUUGGCUGGCUUCAUCGAGAUUAUCUGCUUUCAUCCGCUCGAUGUGGUGAAGACGCGGAUACAAAUACAGGGUAGCCGUUCAUAUCGCGGCGAGCUGAUCUACAGUGGUCCUCUGGACGCUUUCGUCAAGAUAUAUCGCUACGAGGGGUUGUCUUCCCUGUGGAAAGGCAUUGUGCCACCGAUCUGCGUGGAAACGCCAAAGCGGGGCGGCAAGUUUUUGAUGUACGAGCUCUUCAAGCCCUACUUCCACUUUGGCGCCCCUCAACCAACUCCGCUGACCCAUGCCACGGCCGGUUCAGUAGCCGCCAUCCUGGAGUCCUUUCUAGUCAAUCCCUUCGAGGUGGUCAAGAUCACCCAGCAGGCAUAUCGAGAGAAGCGCCUGAAAACACUGUCGGUGGUCAAGUACAUCAUCAAGCACGAUGGCUAUGGCAUCAGGGGAUUGUAUCGAGGUAUCACUGCACUAGUGGCCCGAAAUGCAGUUUUUCACUUUGGAUUCUUUGGCUUCUACAAUGCGAUCAAAGACAUUGUUCCACGCCCGCAGGAUAGUACACAUGACUUCAUUCGAAAGGUCAUGAUAGCUGGGUUAGCCAGCUCCCUGGCGUGCGUGAUGAGUGUUACUUUGGAUAUGGCCAAGUGCAGGAUUCAAGGACCCCAGCCAGUGAAGGGCGAGGUGAAAUACCGGUGGACCAUUAACACGAUUCAGACGACCUUCAGGGAGGAGGGCUUUCGAGCGUUGUUCAAGGGUCUGGGUGCUAUGAUAAUGCGUGUAGGCCCCGGGGGCGCCAUGCUCCUGGUGUCCUACGAGUACAUAUUUGAGUUCCUUAAGAGUAAAAAUAUGUGAUCUAUUUUGGUAUUUAAAUUAUCCUGAAGCCACUUUCCCACCACACACCCUCCAUUGAUAGCCCUAAAUUAAAUGGUAUUAGUGUUGGAGUACAAUACGUUAACAGCCUAAUAAAUCCACUUAUUUUUC